AUGGGCCGCGUUCGCACCAAGACCGUGAAGAAGGUGGCCCGGGUCAUCAUCCAGAAGUACUACACGCGCCUGGGUAAAGACUUCCACACCAACAAGCACGUGUGCGAGGAGAUCGCCAUUAUCCCCAGCAAAAAGCUUCGGAACAAGAUAGCCGGCUAUGUCACACAUCUGAUGAAGCAGAUUCAGAGAGGUCCUGUGAGAGGUAACUUUAUCAAGUUGCAGGAAGAAGAGAGAGAGAGAGGAGAUAAUUAUGUUCCUGAGAUCUCAGCCCUAGACCAGGAGAUCAUUGAGGUGGAUCCCGACACCAAGGAGAUGCUGACGCUUCUGGACUUUGGGGGUCUUCCCUCGGCCCAGUCUAGGGAGUUGAAGGAGGAGCUAGAGGCUCUCUGCUCUCCAAGCAAGAGUCUGGGAUGGAGACCCACUGCUGACAGGAGGGGCAAAUCCAUGGAAGGAUAG